CUAUGACUACAGAAUCUGGUUCAGACUCUGAAUCCAAAGAUCAGGAUCAAGAGCAGGAAGAAACAUCUGGGCAACAAGAAAAAGCAACCCAAGAACAGCAGCCACAGCAAGUGAAGGAAGAGCACCAGAAUGCAUUAGAACAAUUUCCCAGUGUUGCAGCCCAUAGCACUCCUGUAAAAAAGGAACAGGCCACUGACAAAGAACUUGAAGUUGCCGCCGCAGUGGCAAAGCAGCUGGAAUAUCAGCAGUUUGAAGACGAUAAACUCUCUCAAAAAUCAUCCUCAAGCAAACUCUCCCGAUCUCCUUUAAAGAUUGUGAAAAAACCAAAAAAUAUGCAGUGCAAAGUAAUCCUUCUGGAUGGCUCUGAAUAUGGCUGUGAAGUAGAGAAGCGCUCAAAGGGCCAGAUUCUUUUUGACAAAGUAUGUGAGCACUUGAACCUCUUGGAAAAAGAUUAUUUUGGACUCACUUACAGAGAUAUGGAAAAUCAGAAGAAUUGGUUGGAUCCAGCUAAAGAAAUUAAAAAGCAGAUACGAAGUGGUGCUUGGUAUUUCUCGUUCAAUGUUAAAUUCUACCCUCCAGAUCCUGCCCAACUUUCUGAAGAUAUUACAAGGUAUUAUCUCUGCUUGCAGCUGCGAGAUGACAUUGUGUCUGGACGAUUGCCAUGUUCUUUUGUCACACUUGCACUAUUAGGCUCCUAUACAGUUCAGUCAGAGCUUGGAGAUUAUGAUCCUGAUGAAUAUGGGAGUGAUUAUGUCAAUGAAUUCCGCUUUGCACCAAAUCAUACUAAAGAAUUGGAAGAUAAAGUAAUAGAGCUUCAUAAAAGCCAUAGGGGAAUGACACCUGCAGAAGCAGAGAUGCACUUUUUGGAAAAUGCCAAAAAACUGUCUAUGUAUGGAGUAGAUCUACAUCAUGCUAAGGAUUCUGAAGGAGUUGAAAUCAUGUUAGGUGUCUGUGCAAGUGGUCUCUUGAUUUAUCGAGACAGACUCAGAAUAAACAGAUUUGCUUGGCCUAAGGUUCUCAAAAUUUCAUAUAAGAGGAAUAACUUCUACAUCAAAAUUCGUCCAGGGGAAUUUGAGCAGUUUGAAAGUACAAUUGGAUUUAAACUACCAAAUCACCGUGCUGCAAAACGUUUAUGGAAAGUAUGUGUUGAACAUCAUACAUUUUUCAGACUCUUGCUACCGGAAGCUCCUCCCAAAAAAUUCCUCACCCUGGGUUCCAAGUUCCGCUACAGCGGAAGGACACAAGCCCAGACCAGGAGAGCAAGCGCACUGAUUGACCGGCCUGCCCCUUACUUUGAACGUUCCUCAAGUAAGCGCUACACGAUGUCUCGCAGCCUAGACGGGGAGGUUGGUACUGGCCAGUACGCUACAACAAAGGGCAUCUCUCAAACAAACUUGAUAACUACUGUGACCCCAGAGAAGAAAGCAGAAGAAGAGAAAGAUGACGAACAGAUAAAGAAAGAAGAGGAAGGCACUCCAGUUUCAGCAAUACGGCACGAUACUAAGCCACUUUUGCCUGACAUUGAUUCAUUACCCCCCUUGCCAUCCUUACCAAAUAGUCCCUUUGCAUCUUCAACAAAACUCCAUAGGAGGAGGUUUAAGGAGAAUAGUAAAAAAUUAUUAGAUGGCGAAUCAUUCAAAAGCACCAGUCAAAACCAGGAUGAGACUGAUUUGAAUUUUAGCAGAAAAGGAAGAGCUUAUUCUAUUGAACAUGACAUGGCAUUUAAUUAUAAGCAAAAGGCCAGAAAAGGUGGAACAUUGUUUUCUUUCUCCUUGCAACUUCCAGAAUCAUUCCCUUCUCUCCUGGAUGACGAUGGCUACUUAUCCUUCCCAAAUCUGUCUGAAACAAACAUUCUGCCACAAAGUGUGCAGCAUUUCCUUCCCAUUCGCUCGCCUUCCCUUGUACCUUGUUUCCUUUUCAUCUUUUUCUUUUUGCUUUCUGCUUCUUUCUCAGUACCCUAUGCUCUCACUCUCUCCUUUCCCUUGGCUAUGUGCCUCUGCUACCUGGAGCCCAAGGCGGCCUCCUUGAGUGCUUCACUUGAAAAUGACCUGAGUGACAGUUCAGACGAAGAGACUGACAGUGAAAGAACUGACACUGCAGCAGAUGGUGAAACCACUGCCACAGAGUCAGAUCAGGAGGAAGAUGGUGAUCUCAAAGCACAGGAACUAGAUAAAACCCAGGAAGAUCUGAUAAAACACCAGACCAAUAUAAGUGAGCUGAAACGGACAUUCUUAGAAACCACUAGAGAUAUCUCAGGGACUAAUGAAUGGGAAAAGAGACUUUCAACAUCACCAGUCCGGCUUGCUGCAAGACAUGAAGAAGCCCCUAUGAUUGAACCACUUGUGCCUGACGAGACAAAACAACUCUCCGAUGAAAAAUCUUUGGAUGGUUCUGGUAUCUUCACAUUAAUAGAAUCUGCAAGAAAACCAACUGAGUUCAUAGGAGGGGUUACAACUACUUCACAUAGCUGGGCACAGCGAACAGAAACACAAACUGAUCAGGAAAAGAAAGCAGAGGAACAACAGCAGGAGGCCACCAAGAAGGUUGUGCAGGAAUCUUUAAUAGUCAAGGAGAAACAUGUGAUGAGUUUGCAUGCAAGUGAGGAUGCUGCUAAGUUGGCUGGCCUUCAGCUGGAUGCUACAGCACAGACAAUAUCUCAUGUGGCUUCUAGCAUCAAUGGGAAAGAGGGCUCUGCUAUCACUGAGGGGGCUAAAGAGGAAAAAGCUGCAAUCCAACAGGAAGAAACUGCUACUAUUUCUCAUGAUCUACAAGAGGAGCAAAGUAAAUCAGCCCAUAUUUUGAAUACGCAAGAAAGCAAACCUCUUUUUGAGUCACCCAUUGUGAAGACUGAGACAGUCAGUUUUGGCAGUGCUUCUACAGGUGCAGAGAAAUUGGAAAUUUCUGUGAAAGAAGUACCUGUUGUCCAUACUGAAACAAAAACUAUUACAUAUGAAUCAUCUGAGGUGGAUUCUGGUGCUGAUUCUGAACCAGGAGUUCUGAUGAGUGCACAGACUAUUACUUCUGAAACUACUAGUACUACAACUACUACACAUAUCACCAAAACAGUGAAAGGAGGCAUUUCAGAGACAAGAAUUGAAAAGCGAAUUGUGAUAACGGGUGAUGCAGACAUUGACCAUGAUCAGGCGCUGGCUCAGGCAAUUAAAGAGGCCAAAGAGCAGCACCCUGACAUGUCAGUGACCAAAGUAGUGGUACAUAAAGAGACAGAAAUCACACCAGAAGAUGGGGAGGAUUGACUACAGGAUUAGAGUAGCUUUCUAUGAACUUCAUCACUGGGAAUAUCAGAGCCUGUAUGGAGUCUUGGUUCUAACCCAGCUGACUUGCAUCUCUCCAGAGAAAUUUUCAAUGUGGAAGAUUUUGAUUUUAAUUGCUAAUUAAGGACACUGGCAGAAAUUCCCCCAGUUACAGCAAUUUGAAUCAGCUUUAAUAAUCUAAUAAUUGCAUGAAACAACAAAUUACAAAAAAGCAGCAUUUUUAUUUUCCUAAAUCAACUUUACAUCUAAAUGGCACGUUCAUCAACAGUUAAAAUAAUUGUAUUAUGCUACACAUAAAACAGCUCAUGCCUUUACUAUUAUUGAGAGUCUAAACACAGUUUCUUGGGGUGCAAAGUUUUGUUUAGGGAAAAUCAAGAUCACAUUACAAUACUAGAAGCUGUACAGGUACUAUAUAUAUAUGUUUUAUUACAUUAGAUGUGCCAAUAACAUACUUUAUUCAACAAAUAACUUGAAUCAUAUACUUGUUAUAAUUUGGUUUUAUUCUUGUUCUAUAAACAAUGCUGAAUCUCUAACCUUAUUUAAAUGCUCAUAAAAUAUGCUUUGUUUAUCUGAUUUGGGACCCUUAAUAGCUAAUGAUUUUUAGAAUUGUUAAAGUUAGAAAUCCUGCCGUCACUUUUCUAAAGUCUCAAUCUAUAAAUUUGCAUUGUGAUUAUUUUGAAGAAAAUGUAUAUUUUCCUUAGCAUCUCAGAUAUGUUCAUCUUGAAAACAUGAUUUUUCAAAACCAAGUCCUGUCCACUCUCAGACAAAGAAGUUUCUUUUGCAAGUCUAGUCAGUGUUCCUUACUUAGGUCAGAGUUAAGCCUUAAACCGUACAGAACACUUAAAAAGCAUUAUUUCAUUUUUAUUAUCACAUCAAUUUAAAAGGAUCCAAUGUUCUUUAUGCUGUCAGUUUCAUCACAAUACAUGGCGAAUGUAUGUUUCUGCAUAGUAAAAUAAAAGUGGUAAAUGCA